CUCAAAUAACAACAUUCCAAUGAUGUAAACAUCUAGCAGCUGUGGAUCCACUGUCCACGGAAAAUGCUAUCACAUUUUUCCUAUCACAGUCGGCACACCAUGGCGUUAAGUCCUGUUAAGACUUAUCACGUAAACUAAAACCAACCAAUUCAAUGUUUCAAACAAAAAUUAUUUUUAAAAAAAAACAUAUCUAUUUUUUGAUGAUUUCUUAAAAACACUGUUUGGCAAUUUGUCUGUUAGACACUUGUUGCCAUAGGAUCGUGCAUAAUGCAUGAAAUCAGACCUUUAACAGCAGCGUUUUUACAGACAUGAUAACAAAAAUAGACUUCAUUUCCACUUAAAAUGCCGAAAUCCAGCUUUGAACAGCUAAUGGGAGUGUUGCGGGAGAAUCCGGAGCUCUACAAAAGCACAACAGGUGUUUCAGAUAUUCGCAUGUUCAAACAUACUUUAAAAAUUAACACGGCUUAUCAUUUUAAAAAAAUAUGGCAUUGAGGCUUUAAAAAACUGAUUUUAGAAACAAAGAUGUCAGUUUCCAAUUAUCGUACUCGUAAAGAAUGUUAACCAAUGCAGUGCGGAUGUGUUCUAAAAGUAAAAACAUGUAUGAUCUUAUAACAAAUGUUCAGAAGACGCUAUUUUUAGAGGGCACCGUCAUCUGGCUGCCAUCAGUCACCAACUUUUUACUAUACCUCACCCAGCCCAUCCAAUGUGUAUAUAUGUGUGUAUGAGUGUGUGUAAUUACAACAUUCAUACUGCCAGGAAGUACAAAUAACUUGUAAAAAAAAAUCAUUUUGGCCCCUCAUCCCCCAAGCCAAUCGUUAACCCGUGAAAUGAUUGUCCUUGCACAGGUAUCUUCAAGGCGGUGUUAUGGCUAGCACACGGGACAGUUGCAGGUGGCAUUGUGUAUGGUCCAGAGGGUGCCUUGAUAGGCGGCAUGGUCGGUAGGUAAAGUUUUGUUUCUGUACUGCAUGCAUUGCAUCUUUGCUGGGUGAAAACUAAGAAAAGAAAACUAGCUUAAAAAAGUAUUAUUAUCACCCCGAUUUUCUUAAAUAUCCAUGUAGCUCCAAGUUUAACUAUUAACAACUUCGCUUUCACUUUAAAAUAACAUUUUCCUCGACGCUUGCUGUUAUAUACUGAAAUAGAGACUGACCGAAUUUCGGCUUCGGCGCCGGAAGUGGCCAUUUGAUCACUUUCGGCCUAAUUUUGGUUUCGGCUGAAACCAAAAAGUUAAUUUCGGCUUAAAAUAGUAAAAGCCAAAGUAUUUAUUUAAAUGUUUAUUUAUUAACGAUGAUCUCAUUAAAAAAAUGAUGCAAAUAUUGAUACUUUCUCCAUCAUUUUUUGACGUAUGUAGAAUGUAUGCGUGGUCGAAUUUCAAAAUACCAAAAUAUUUUAGUUUCGGUGUCGGCUGAAACCAAAAAGUUAAAUUUCGGUUUAAUUUCGGCUUCGGCUGAAACAGAAAUGUUAACUUUCGGUUUAAUUUCGGCUUCGACUGAAACAGAAAUGUUAACUUUCGGUUUAAUUUCGUUUUCGGACGAAAGUCAUUUUUAAAUUUCGGCCUAGUUUCGGUUUCGGCCGAAAUCAUAAAAUCUCUUUCGGUACUGAAAGCUUUUGUGUAACAUUUUAAAUAUAUAUACUUUUUUCCAUUGAUCUAAAUAAGGCUCUGUCAUUGGUUUCAUCACGAGCAAUGAGUACCAACCCAUGAUGAAGGUCCUACAGGGUAUGGACCAAGAAGAGAGAGAUGAACUUCUGAGGAAGGUACACGCUCUCGUUAAUGAUGACUCAGAGGAUGCCCUGGCCAAGUUUGUACUGAGCGAAGAGAACCGGAUGUCCCUUCUUGAACUUCUCAGCGCUGCCACCCAAAGACAAUAAACAUGGUUUAAAUUUGAAAACUCGGGCG